AUGGUGUGGAUCAUUGUAGCAGUUUGUGAAGAGCUGAGAGUGAACCGCUGCAGGACUGAGGAGUACAAGUGUUAUCAGACACCAGGAGGAAGGUCCUGUGGCUGCUGGCUGGCCGGGCAGAGUGGGGUGUCCGGACAGGGGUCCUACCCCAAACCCUCCAUCUCCAUCAGCCCUGGUGGGGUGAUCCCCUGGGGGGGAAACGUCACCAUCCGGUGUUGGCAUCAGCGCCUGGGAAUGAAGAUCCUCCUCUACAAGGAUGGAGCUGGGAACUAUCUGACUUACACAGACCCUGCCGGCUCUGAGGCUGAAUUUCCCAUCACCAGCGCCAGACGGGAACACGGGGGCAGCUACACCUGUCGUUAUAGCAACAGAUCAGUACGAGCUGCCUACUCGGAGCCCAGUGACCCUGUGCAGAUCAUUGUAGCAGAUCCCAGCUUACCCAGACCCUCCAUCUCCCUGAACCUCACUUCAGUCACUGCCUCAGGGGCAGACGCCACCAUCCGGUGUCAGGGGCAGCACGUGGACGUGAGGUUUUUCCUGCACAAGGCUGGAGACCUGAACCCACAGCGACACAUGGACCCUGCAGGGGUCGCGGCCGAGUUCCACAUCCCCACCGUGGGCCAGCAGCACGGAGGGAGCUACAGCUGCAGCUACCGGCCCCGGUCAGAGCCCUUCAUCUCCUCGCAGCCCAGUGACCCUGUGCAGCUGGUGGUAGCAGAGCCCAGCUACCCCAAACCCAACAUCUCCCUGCGCCCCAGCGGGCGGGUCGCCCUGGGGGGAGCCGUGACCAUCCGGUGUGAGUGUCAGUGUCGGGGAGCGAGGUUCCUUCUGAGUAAAGCGGGAGACCUGGACACACGGCGCUCGAUGGAUGCCGCGGGGGACGUGGCUGAGUUUCCCAUCCGCAACGUGAAUCGGGGAGAUGCAGGGAGCUACAGCUGCCAAUAUAGCACCACAUUGGACCCGCCCGUCUGGUCAGAGCCCAGCGACCCCAUGGAGCUGGUGGUAGCAGAGGGAACCGACCCAGCUGGGCCCCAGCAGCCGGAUCUCCCCACGACGGAGCCAGAGGGAGAAGAGCCCAGGAACCCCAAACCCAACAUCUCCCUGCACCCCAGCAGGCAGCUCGCCUUGGGGGGAGCCGUGACCAUCCGGUGUGAGUGUCGGUGUCAGGGAGCGAGGGUCCUUCUGAGUAAAGCUGGAGACCCGGACGCACGGCGCUCGAUGGACCCCGUGGGGGACGUGGCUGAGUUUCCCAUCCGCAGUGUGAGCCAGGGAGAUGCAGGGAGCUACAGCUGCCAAUGUAGCACCAAGUGGGACCCGCCCGUCUGGUCGGAGCCCAGCGACCCCGUGGAGCUGGUGGUAUCAGAUGGAACCGACCCAGCUGGGACCCAGCAAACAGAUCCCCCCACAACGGAGUCUGAGGGAGAAGAAGCCCCCCCGGAGCACCCGGAUUUCACCCAAGCCAACAUCACCCGCCUGGCGCUGGGCGCCGUGGUCCUGCUCAUCCUGGGGCCGAUCCUGGCUGAAGUCUAUUACAGCCGCCCAAUGGGGGCAUCCUAG